AUGGGAAGCAAUCCACGGCAGCAUAAUCGGUUUCCGAGCUACAACAAUUUCCCCAAGCCCCCGUCCAGUUCACAGUCGAUCUUGAUAGAGGCAGUGUUUGGUUCAGCCUUACAACCACCCGCAUCGUGGAACUCCACCCCCUUUUCCGACACGAGACCCACCACUACUCCAAGAGACGCGGCAAACGCCUUUGCUCCCGGUUCCUCAGGCCCCGGUCCUCGUACUUCGACCGGCGACCACGACACUUGGAGAGCUCCCUACUGGAACACUUCCAACGCCGCCCAAACCCGCAACCUGUCGGGUAAUACAUCGCCGAGGUCUAGACCUGAUGCCUUUCUCCACGGCCCGGACCCGAUGGGCAACCCCUUGCUCAACGGGUCCUCGAUGAACCAGAGAGUCCCGGGCUCACAGCCGUCCACGACAUCGGCUGCGGAACCUUCGAAGAGUGUGUUGCAGCCCCCCCCUGGGUUUGAGAAUCACGCGGCUGAAACCUACCCAGACCAGUCCGUCCAAGGGUCUGAGUCGAGGUUUUCUUCCAUUUAUUCCCAACCCCAGCGCUUUAAACAUGACUCGGCGUCUCUCAGCGCAGUCGGGAGCGGUCCGCGCAGGUCGAUAUCCGCCCUUCCCGAACCCGAUCGUACUACGCAGGCUGGCGGUGCCUUGAACGAUUUCUCCUUCGGCGCGACAUCAGGAACCGGGCUUCAUUCCCAACGACCAUCCAUCGCCGGCUCAUUACCGGCACACCAAAGCAUGGGUUUCGAUCAAAACACUGCUCAGGAGCUGACGCAAGCCAUGUCUGGGUUGUAUCUUGGGAACCCUCCCAACAAAGGCGGGAAUCCUGUCGCCACGGAAAACACGCUGACCUUUAAUAACGAGGCGCGAAACGUUCCCUCGAACCCCUUUCAGCAACCGUGGGAAACAACCGCAGGACACAGCAAUGGAUUUCUAAACGAGCCCUACGUUACUGGUGAGAGGAGAGGCUCGGCAGCCGACCAUAACUCCCCGCCGGCUGGAAACGCCUACCGCACCGCCGGGAUCCUCCAAAGCCCAAAGAGCCUCGCCGAUGCUAUGGAAGCAAACUGGUCGAGGCGUCAAUCGUUGGAAACCAGAACGCCGAAUGAAUACCUUCGGCUCGCGCAGCAGCAGCAGCAGCAGCAGCAACAGCUACCGCCACCUCAGUGGCAGCAGCUAACGGCGUACCUACAGCAGCAGCACCUACAUCAGCAACUACAUCAGCAGCUACCGGGGCAGCUACCGCAACAGCAGCAGCAGCAGGUGCCGCCGCCGUUGCACUCGUUCCCCCCGAACUCUCACUUCACUCAAAGCUACACCCAAUACCCCUCCUCAUACCCGGCCGUCGACACGCAACAGGCUCUGCAGAUGGCGGCGUACAGUAUGGGGAUGGUGCCAUCCUACGGUUUUACCAGCCCACCAACCUCCAUCUCCACCAUCCCCACGCGUCCGGCCAAGGACCAGGAUCCAAGCAGGGCAUACCGAAGCACGCUUCUAUUGGAUUUCAAAGAAACUCAGAGGUCGAAAAAAUGGGAGCUCAGAGACAUCUGGGGCUAUGUCGUCGAGUUCAGCGGCGACCAACAAGGAUCGCGCUUUAUCCAGGAGAGACUUGAGGUAGCAAACAGCGACGAAAGAGAACGGGUCUUUGCCGAGCUCGAAACGAAUGCCGUUCAGCUAAUGAAGGAUGUGUUCGGCAACUACGUGAUGCAGAAGCUCUUCGAGUAUGGCGACCAGGUCCAGAAGAGGGCUCUGGCUAGCGCCAUGAGAGGAAAGCUCGUCGAUCUCUCCCUACAGAUGUAUGGUUGCCGGGUCGUCCAAAAGGCUCUUAAGCAUGUACUAGUAGAACAACAGGGCGAGAUAGUCGACGAGUUUGUGCCGCACUUCAUGCAGCUCUGCUCGGACAUCCACGCGAAUCACGUAAUUCAACAGGCCAUCGUGCUUGUACCCCGCGUGUACAUCGGUCGCAUAAUGGGCAUCAUCAAAGACAAUGUCGACGCCCUCUCCAUUGACCAGUACGGUUGUCGAGUUCUACAGAGGGCUAUGGAGUACGGGACUGAGGCAGACAAGGCUGUCAUCAUGGAGAAAUUACACAGGCACCCCCGAAUGCUAGUGACGCAUUCGUACGGCAAUUACGUCGUCCAACACGUCCUUGAAAAUGCGAAGCCCGAGGACCGCGACCCGUUCUGCAGGGUCGUCAUGGCCGAGCUGCUGACAUUCUCAAAGCACAAACACGCGUCCAACGUGGUUGAGAAAUGCAUCCAAUUCGGCACUCCUGAAGUGCAGCGCCGCAUCCGAGAUAGGUUGGCGGGAAAUGAGUCUGGCGACACCCUCUUCGCGUUGAUGAAGGAUCAGUAUGGUAACUACGUUGUCCAGACACUCGUCUCCACACUCCAAGGCGAUGAGAAGACCGAAGUCGUCAACAAAUUGGUGACGCACCUCCAGGCCCUCAAGCGAUCGGGUGCCACGAGCAGGCAAAUCGACGCGAUGGAGAAGCUGAUCAACGGAUCCCGGAGACCCUCUGCAGCCACAUCAAACAACCACACUCCAGCAUCCACGCCCCCUACAUCGCCAGGGGCGCAUGUCGGCACGACGUCAGCCGUACCGACGCCGAACUUGACCAUGGACUCCAACAGUCCCCUCAGUACCCCAUCAAGGAGCCCGACGUCCAUGAAUGGAAACGCUUCCGGUUCCAUCAGAGGCUCACGACCUGGCAAAUGGGCUGGCAAGGCCGCUAGAAAAUGA